UUUCACCUCCCUCAGUCACGGCGAGCGUGUGCGGAGGGAGGGAUUAAACACAUUUAACCCUCUUCCUCAAGGCGGUUUGCGUUUCCCUCGACACCAGCCCCUCGCCGCGGUCCGCGGCACGCCCGCCCGCCGUGAGGAAGGGCCGGGGCUGGGCGGCUGAGGCGCCCCGGGGUCGGCGGGAAACUGCCGGGCGCCGAGCCGCCGGACCGGCCGGGCUCGGCUCGGCCCGGUGAGGGGCGGGAAGGGUAGGGUAGGGUAGGGCAGGGCGGCGAGCCGAGCCGAGCCGAGCCCUUCCCUUCCCCACCCCGCCCGGGUCCCCGUGCGAUGCGGAGGGGCGGAGAUGGCCGCCGCCUGAGGUGGCCGCGGCGGCGCGGCGCGGAGCGGCGGGGGGGAGGCCGGGGAAGGUUCCCCGCAGCACACGCCGAGGAGGAGCGCGGAGGGGCGGCGAGCCGCAGCAGGAUGAGCGCUGUUCCCGCCUCUGCUGCCCUGCCCCGGCCUCGGCACAGGAGAGGAAAGGCCUAACGUGCGUACAGGUUUCCUCCGUUCUGCGCGCGCAAGUGCAGCAUCCAGCAGAUGAAGACAAAAGACACACGGAAGGCUGUUCGGAGUUGUACGGUAAAACGUGUUGCGUUUCAGAGGAUGACAUGUACUCGUGCGGAUGAAGAGUGAAGCGGCAAGCCCAGAGAUGAAGCACUGUGCCCAGCGAUACUGAUUUUGCUGGUUGUCACCAUUGGAGGAUGGCUGCCAUACUCUGUGAAAAUUGUUCUGGUCAGUACCACUACACCCAGGUCAACCAACCUCUUGAAAUCAGCUGCAUGUUGCUCCUGAUUAUGCUCGGAAAAGCGUUCCUUGAUUUCUUCAUGUUGCAAGUUAAGCAAAAAAACGUGAAAGUUAGUUUUAUGGGAUACUUCUGUGUUUCGCUGGCACUUCUUGAUUUCACACUGCUGAUGAGUAUAUCCUUCAUUUUCUAUUUUGAGGACUUUGCACUCUGGGGUCUGCGAUUUACAAAGUACCACAUUUGCCUGUUCACGCAGAUUAUUUCUCUUACCUAUGGUAUUUUGCAUUACCCGGUGUAUCUUGUGGCUGGUCUGGAUUAUUACAUGACUAUAGCACAAACCUCUCAAUUUCCUAGAAGAGGUCAAAGAUUACUUUAUGUAUUUGCUGUGGCUGUUAUAUGGAUUUCAGGGUUUUUUUGUAUUCUGAAAGUUCCCGCUACCUAUGAAGAACUAGAAAUUCAGAACCGUUUUUCUCCUUAUCAGUGUCCUCUCUAUGCCAGCGUGCAGAGCUACUCGGUCUCGUGUGCCAUGGUGCUGCUCAUAGGCACAGCUCUCCUGGCUUGUCGGAAGGAGCUUAUAGCCAUGCUGCUGUCUGUCAGGGUGGUUUCCUUUGCCGAUCAGCCUGUUCUGAUGUUCUCCUAUGUGUCCAACAACAACAGCACUUGCUUUAAGUGGCAGCUCCUGACCAGACUCCUCCUCUGUUUUCUUGGCACUUGGGCACCUUUUGUUCUUCUUCAAAUUAUCAUUUUGUUUGUUGGUGCUCAGAUUCCAGCCUACAUGGAGAUGAACGUCCCCUGGCUGUACUUCAUCAACAGCUUUCUCAUUGCGGUAGCAUACUGGUGUCGAUGCCACGAUGUUGAAUUGACAGAGGAGAUGUGGUCUACAGAUCCAUUUGUCAGCUGGAAAUUCUGCUUUAUGCCAUUUAACAAUGAAAACACAGAGCCAGCUGAUAAACCAGGCACAGUAAUUGUAAUCUGUUAAUGAGCUGCUGACUGAAAAAGACUGCAAAUAAGUGCUGUGCGACAGAAGUGUGUACUCUGACGUUCUGUGACCAUGUCCUUACAGAUAAUACAAGGAAACAUCUCAAGGAAAUACAAGGAAAAGAGCUACAACCCAUGGAAAAAAGUCCAGCGUCCACCAAUAUUGUAAUGAAUAUUGCACCAGCCUGUGGGACACUGUGCACUUCCACACCGGGUUCCAGUGGGCAGUAAGCACCUGCCAGUUCAGAGAAUUUAACUUGAAAGUACGGGUUUAAGAAAAGACCACUACUUCCAAAAUCAAGUUUUCAGUUAAACCUUAUGUUUAUUACUCGAAUUUUACACUUGCUUUAAAUGGAAAUGAUCUCAGGUUUUAUAGUACAAAAUGCAAUAAAGUCUUUUUCAAAGCUGGA